AUGAGUAAUAAUGACACCCCCGUGGCCUUUGUUAAGAAGUGGAUUCUGCAGCAAACUCGUCUAGUCCUCCCGCCUACGUGGAAUGGUGGUUGGGAGCGAUGGGCCCAGGGUCAAAUCGCAAUAUUAAUGGAAGGUCAAGACGGGUACCAGGUCUGGACAGAGCAAAACAUCUAUCUCGAUCACCCCAACUACGCUGUUGAUCUCGAGUUUCGAAAACCUCCUGGUGUGAGGGGUGUUCGAAAGUUCCUCGAGCUCAAGUGCUACAGCGAGGUUAACGAAGACACAGCCUACCGGUUCAUCACUCGGGUGUUGGAGGACUUUGACAAGGUCACUAAGCUGAGGCUGACGCGCGGUGUGCCCAACGAGCCCGACGCAAAGGGGUCGACUCUGUGGGUUAUUGGCAUCUCGCAGAAGCAGUUUAGGGACGACAUCACGCGCGCCGGGCUGGGUGAGGUGAACUGGCUGCGGUUUAGGCGUGAGGAGGCCGUGAGUUCUGGGGGUAGCGGCGACCGGGGCACAUUUGAUAUCUGGUACUAUAGCUUUGUAAACAACAAAUAG